AGAUACAGGGUUUGUAUUCGUUAUCGAUACGAAAUGAAAUCUAAAGUUUUAAUGGCAGUUUAUGUGUUUUUGAAGUUCGUGGACUUAAAAGUGAUGAUUCGUUUGGAGAAAACUAUAACACACUAUGCUUUUGAAAUAGAUUCCCUUAGUCUUGAUAAGUUUAAAACUCAGACAGAGGCAUUUGGAUUUACCUAUAUUACACAGAUUGCCUUAAACAUUCUUAUUUUGGGAUUGCGAGAAGAACAUUUAAAUCAGGCCAAGAAGAAAUUGGAUUACUUCAGGGAGGCUUUUCCAAAUGAAAUUAUCGGUGUCCCCAUACCAACGGGCCACAGUGAGGCACCGGAUCCCAAGAGAGACUACACCCAACAAACUUUAUGAGGCAUUACUUUCACGUGGAAAACGGUCUGCACAUUUGGUUUGUGAGCCCUACUAAGACUCCAGUACACAGGAAGCCUGGGCCCUGGGUUACACCGGGAAGGGAGUCACAGUGGCUGUCGUUGAUACGGGAAUAGAAAUCCACCAUCCGGACCUGGUGAAAAAUAUGAAUGCAAAGCUGUCACGUAGUUUUAUCGACAAGAACCAAACUUAUAUUACUCCCCAGAAAAAUCACAACUACAGGGAGUUUGAUGAAGUAACAGUGCAUGGAACAUUGUGUGCUGGUGUGAUAGCGGCAGAGAAGGGCAAUGACAUAUGUUUAGCAGGGGUAGCAUACAAUGCAACAUUAGUUGCUUUAAAAGUUUUUAGCAUUGAAGAACGGUAUUUAGAACAGGGGCGAUGGCAAGGAAAACAUUUUAAUUACGACAAGGUCCAUCUUGCGUUGGAACAUGAAAGAGACGAAAUUGAUAUGUUUUCGUGUAGCUUCAAUGUUGAGGAGCCCUUCAUAAGAAACGAACUUCUUACAAGAUCAGUGCUAAAGGAAGGAGUGGAGAAGGGUAGGCACGGAAAGGGAAGCAUUUAUGUCUUCUCAGCGGGAAAUUCUGGCGACGAAACCUGGAUACAUGACCGAAAUCUGGAAACAUUUGCAAACAGCAUCUUCACACUGGUUUUUAACAGUAUGGGUAUUAACGGAAGUCGUCCAACAUACAUCAGAAAAGGAGCUUGUAUUCUGGCCGCAACAGUCGGUGAUCAUAAGUUGUUGACUGGGGAUCCGUUGACGACCACAAGUUACAACGAUGGCUGUAAAGCAUUUUCUGGCACAGCUAGAGCUGCAGAAUUCAUUGCCCUUAUGCUUGAAGCUAAUCGAAAUCUGACCUGGAGAGAUGCAGCAUACAUAAUAGCGUACACUUCAUCAUUAGAUGCUGCCAAGCAUGUGACGAAACGAACCAACGGUGCUGGCCUGAAAUUCAAUGCUUACUUUGGGUUUGGUCUGCUCAAUGAAACAGCCAUGGUCCUGAAAGCAAAGGAAUGGGAGAUGGUGCCUCCACUUCAAAACAGGACAUUCAGUGCCACUAUGAUGAUUUCAAUUCGAACAGUUUCGUGCUGAAAUAAUAAUCUACGGCAAGUGUGAAAUGUGCAAGCCUAACAACAGUUUUUUUCAUGACUACGACCCAAGUUAUGUACUUCAAAAGUACUUUGAUGCCUACAAUGAAGUUCCUGAACAAAAACGUCCUGAGUUGCAGACUGUUGCGGGUUCCGUGGUUGGAAUACUUAUCACCAUUUUAAUAAUGUAUAAACUUUUGGCUAGGAUCAAACGCUAUCUAUUUCCACUUGCCGAAAAUCAGGUCAACAAUUAAACGCCUACUUAGACACUUAUGAAUUUGAAAUAAUAUAUCCAUGACCUGGUCAUGUUUAUGCUUACUUUCAUUAAUUCAGGAAAACAAGAAAAAGAAUAAUGGUGAAUUUGUGCAUAUCAUUCAUAAUAAUUGACAAUGUUUUUCUUCACUGUUUAAAACAGUCAAUUACACAGAUCAUUUUACUUAUGUUUUAGAUUUAAACCACAGAAAAUCAAUAACAUUAUUAUAAGUUGUAAUAUGAGUAGAUCGGCAUGUAUGUAUUAAAAAAGAUCUGUACCAAAAUACUUUUACACACAUAACCAGUGUAAGUGGUUGUCAUGGACUCACUGUCUGUCAUCCAUAGGUCUGUCUAAAAUGUAUAUAGCCUUUAAUCUUCCCUAUACCAGCAAUUGAAUGACUUUGGUUUAAAAUGUCAAAAUAUUUACAUAAUAUAAAAAACAUGGGCAUUCAAACCAUUUGGCUUUCUUUAUAAUCAAGAUAACACUUUCAAGUCCUAAAUGAAAAUGGAUACUCUCCCAAUAUCGAAAUGCUGUACUUUGGUUAUGUAAAUGACAGAUGGUUGUAAUCAAAUGUCAAGUUCACAAUUUUAAGGUUCAAUAUGUAUUAAUGAUUCAUAUCCUAGAAGAUUUAUAAAAUAAGUGCAUCCUACAAAAUCUACUUGAUUUUACUAGCAAUUUCAUUUAAACUUCAUUUAAGUCAUCACAAAAAAGUGUAGAUGUAACAGCCCUAAGUUCAUGUGCAAUGAUUCAUGAGUUAUGUGGCUUUGAACGUACCAAAGUAUUUGACUUACAAAUAAAUAAUGUACGUUUGUAGAGUGAACUACACAAUUGUUCAUGAUAUAAAAUUGAAAAGUCAAAUACCUCAUCGCAAUGAAAUGAACAUGUGAAACAAACACGUUUCACAAACAUUGAUCAAUUUAUUCCUGAGUGAGUGAUAUGAACUUGAAAUUAGCCAUGGACAUGACAUCUAUAUCUAUGAUAAAGCGGAGUAGGUGUAUUUGUCACAUUUGUGAACGCUUUAAUAUUAGAUUAUGAUUAUUAACUAUAUUUACUAUAAACGAAACAAUUUGCCCUGCUUUAAGAUUCAAUGUCAGAGGUCAAGUUUGUGUGAACAUUUUCCGUUUGUACUCAUUUGUGCAUUUCAAAUAAUGUUCCUCUUAAAAAGAGGUGUCAAAGCUCAACAUCUGUAGUUAUAUCGUUGAAUGGUUUCAUGAAACACAUUCAGUGAAUGUUCCUGUUAUAGUUGCUGAAAACAAAAUUGCUUUGAAUGAUGUGAACUGAAUGGUCAUAGCUGAAUUAGACUACAAAAUCGGCAGAAUGCAGGAUGAUACGUCUGUUUUAUCAUGCUCGUGAACGGCUUGCAUGUAUGAUUAAUGUUGGCAUCAUAUUUAUUGUUUAAAUCAUAACAGAGUCUUUUAGUAUUUAUAGAAGCAACAUUCAUCAAUAUGUUUCUUAUUUUGUGUUUAGGGAAAAGCACGGAUUAUUAGUGCCAUUGGGUUAAAAUAAAAAUUGAAAAUGUUUCACAACUUUCUGUAAAGAAUAUUGCAAUUUUAAAUUGUUUAUAAUAAGCUUUAUGUAAAUUACUUUUAUGUUGUUUUUUUUAAUUCAGCUUGUCCUUAUGGUUGAGCUGAUGUUCAUGAUCUCACUACUGUAAAGAAUAUUGCAAUUUCAAAUAGUCUAUUAUUAGCUUUAUAUAAAUUACUUUUAUGUUUUUUUUUAAUUCAGCUUGUUCUAGUGUUUGAGCUGAAGUUCAUGAUCUCACUACUGGAUCUGUUUUGUUCAUAUUUUAUAGGUCUAUUGUUUCGGCAUUGUUUGGAAACUUAGACAGUUGGUCAAGUUCAAGACCCUUGUCUUUCACACCUCAAUGCAGUUCAAGCUCAGCACUAAAUUGCUAUGGAAUCUGAGUUUUACUCAUUUCGAACUAAUUUUUAUCAACAUUGAGAUCUAAUGUCUAAUUUAUCUUAAUCGAUCGUCCACAUAGCUGUCAUGACCAUAACAUGUCAAAUCAAGCUUUAAAAGAGGAUGAUAAUGCCACAAACUAGAUAACGGAAAGCAAAGCAAAAAUUGAUUGGAUAAAAGAUACAUGUUGAACCAAUCUGGACGAAACUUGUCACAUCUUUGAAAACUUUAAUUAUUUUAUGAGUUUAUAUUUUAAGGAUAAUUGAAAAUUCUGGCCAAGCCUUCUUGUAGCUUUCUUAUUCGUAUUUAUUUCACAAAUAAGUAUAUGCAGGGUGCAUAUGUGUGGCAUGAUAUGUCACUUUGCAACUUGGAAGUCGAACUCACUUGUCAGUGGCAUUAAGUAAAUGUUUAAUUAUAAGGAAAACAUUUAUUCAUACAUUGUUAUGCCUAAGGAGGAGAGAAUAUAGCAGUUAUACUGUCUGACUCCUUGUGUGUGAUGUUGGGCAUUGGUUGGGUGUAUAAGUCUGUCCUUCCAGAUUAUGUUUGAAUGUUUUAUUUUUCUAUGCAAAUGAGGAGUUUAUGAUAACUUGGGUUGUCAUGAUUUUCAGUUGUUUUAGUAUAACAUCUUUACUGUACAAGAUUAUGACUGUUAUCAGUUAAAUUGUAUUUAUGACGUGGAAAUGUUCUGGGAACAUGUUUUACAUCCAGGGACAAGUCUUCAUUCAACAGCCCUGACAUGUUAAAAAAAAAUAACCAUCAAGUAAGGUGACAUUAUUGAAUAGCUAUUGAAUUUGGUUUUUCAGGGGUAUUCUCAUAUACUGAAAAUAAUGAUUUCUUUAAUGAGCACUUAAUGGACUAAUGGACAUUUGAUUUCCGGGCAUUUCUUUAUUUUCUUAAUGUGACUCAGUAUUUAUUAUUACUUGUAUCGUUUGUUCAAUACAGGUUUUGUGAUUUAAAAGUUGAUCUUAAGAAGUUGCUUCUUUGUUUCCAUUACUUUUACAUUGGUAUGCAUCAGCCAUUUCAUCAAUGUGUAUGCCCCUCAAAAGGGGUGGCAUUUAGCAGUCGCACUGUCCAACUCUGCGUCUCGUAUAGAUGGAUUUUAGAAUAGCACAAAUCUAAACCAUCAAAAGACAAUGUGUCGGAUGUAACACCCAUCUCCAUAUCGCAAAGGGCAAUGUCACUCUUAGAGUUCGAAUUAUAAAUUAGACCAAUAAACAACUUUAAAAUAUAGUGUAAGUCAUAACUUUGCCAUAUGUUGGUGGAUUCAAAAAAAAGCAGACCUCUAAUAUAAAGCAUUUGACGUGUAAUACAUGUGUCCCUUCCUCGGAGGUCAAAGUCAUAAUUACAAGCCAAAAGUCAAAUUUUGCCAGUUUAUAGACUAACAUUUCCGGUCAGUACAAGAACUUCUUCAUAUAGUGAUGGAUGUUAAACUAACUUGGCACAAAUGCAGCCAUCAUAAGAUAACGUAUUUCUUUCCUCCCUAUCUCCAAUUUCAAGUUCAUACAUGUACUAAGAGGUCAAAGGCGAAAUUUGGUAUUGAAACUUCUUGUGUGGACUACACAUUUUUCAUGAAUCAUGCAAUUUAAAAAAAAAUACCAUUAAUAGUCACCAUAAAAAACUUAUGUUGCGUGUAUCACCGCCUCUUUACCUAAAAGGUCAUGGUCACUUGUACAGGUCAACGAUCAAAGUUGCCAAUAAAAUAGAUUAAACAAUCACCUCUCAACCAUACGUUUGCCAUAUAUUGAUGGGUAUUUAAGUAGCUUUUCACAAAUGUAAACCUUAAUGAAAUUACGUGUGCCAUGGGACAUGGCCACACUUGAAAGUAAAAAAUUGGAAAUGGUAAAAUUGAGGAUUUCCAUUCAUGUCGCAGCCAUAACUAAGCCAUUUUAAAAAUUGACAGUACUUGGCACACCUGUUGACUUUUAUGAGAGAAUGUGUCAGGUGCAAAAACUGGGGUACCACCUUGAAGUGACAUACCUAAAGAUAUUAGAGAAUACAAAGGUUAAACUUGUACAUUUCCAUUUAUCGUGUCUCAGCCAAAAAUGUGCCUUAUCAAGGUUGAUUUUUUUCUUCGACGUUAUUGAAUUUCUGACACAAAAGUACAGUGUGGGGGCAUCCGUGUUUCAUAGACAAAUGUGUUGUUGUUUUUUCAACUAACAUUAUUUUUACAUAUUCAUUAUAUUUACAUUAUUCAAAAUGUUUUAUGAUUAUCGUCAAUAAUUCAUGCUUCAAUAUUGAUAUUGGAAUAAUUAUACUUUUUUAAUUGUGUAUUAAAAGCAUUGAAAAUGCUUCUCUUGUUUUUAUAAAGAUUUUGCAACCUUAUGAAUCGUGAUGCAACUAACCAAGUGUAGCGAUAAUGUUUUGGAUAAAGUUAUUAUCGCCUUAUGACAUGGGGGUCUCUGGUUUUUCUGAGAGCAAUUUCAAGAUCUCCUAAAAUACUGAGUACUGGUUUUUCUCAGAGAUCAGAUUUUUGAGUAUCAAUAUGUUUAAAAAUUCCAUAAAAUCGGAAUAAAGAAUAAAAUAAAGAGGAAAAAAAUAG